UAAACUUUCUUUCUCUCUUUAAAUUAUGUUUUGUUUAGGCUCAAGAAAAAAGCAAAAUAGUCGUAGUCAUGAACAUCAAACGUCUUAUAUAACGGAUGAUAAAUCAACACUAUCUCACCAAGGUGAGUCAAUUUUAACUCUAUUCACAAAUCAGAGCCCAAAAAAACAACAACCAGAAGAAUCUAUAUGCACUUUUCAAUUACAAGAAGAAUACAGUGAAUUAAAAUCUAAAAAUAUGGAAUAUUUGGAUAUCAUUAACAAACAAGUAAAAGAAAUUGAACAAUUAAAAAAUACAAUACAUACCUAUCAAACUUCAAUAAGAGUGACAGAUGGUACAAGAUAUCCGGAACAAAACAAAGAAAUAGCAUUAGUCGCAGCAUUAACAGAGAAAGAAGAUGUUUUAAAAGAGAACAAUAAUAAAGAUGAUAGCUUUGUAGUAGUAUCAGAUAAUAAUGAAAUUAUCGAUGAGACUUGUUAUAAGCAACUAUUAGAAGAAAAGGAUAGGCUUCUACAAGAAAAGCAAGUUGAAAUAGAAGAACUGAAAUUUCAAUGGGAAACAGAACGAGCAGAAUUAAUCAAACCUGCAUUAGAGCAAGUAGUAGCUCAACUGGAAGAGUUGAAAGAAACCAAUAAGAUUGUUACAGAAAGAUUAACUGAAAAGGAAGGUGAGUUAGUUGAACUUCGCGCAGAGUUAAAUCGAAGAGAUCGAAAGCCUAAAAUACAACUUGUAUCAAAUGAACAAGAAAAACAAAAGAGAUUAAAUCGUUUAACAAUGGAUCUUGAGAAUGAUCGUUUAUUGAUUCAAAGACUUGAUGAAUUAAAUCAACAACUCAAGACUCAAAAACAAAAACACGAAUCAAUAUUAAAAUCACAUGCUAAAGUGAUUGCAGAAAAAGAUAAAGUUUUACAGGAACAUGAAAAAUUAUUAAAAGAGUUAAAAGGGACACAUGAAAAUGCUACAAGGGCUUUAGAACAGGAACACUUGCAUAACUUGAAUCAGCUUCAAUUGAAAUAUCAAAGACAAACAAAUGAACUCAGCAAACGAUUAAAACAAGCAGAAUCGCAAGCCAAGUCAAAUGUGAAUAAUGAGUUGGAUAAGAUUUUAGUCGAGUUUGAGCAAUCACAGCAUAAUCAUUCAGUUCAAGUCGCUAGUCUAAAACAAUCCUAUCAGAAACGGGUAUCCGUUAUGUUACAGGGACAACAAGCAGAGAUAAGGAGCUUGAUCAAUUACGACAAAAAUAAUAAUUCUCAUUUGCAACAAAAUAAAUUGGAUAGUUUAAACAGCAGUAACAUAAAUAAUAACAGUCAACCCAUCCCUCCUGUAAUUACUGGUAAUAGUAGUGAUGGUAGUAUAUCCAAAUUACGAAAUAAUUCUAAAUAUGUUUGGCCGCCUAUUGUUGCUGCUUGAUUUAAUUUAAUAAAUAAUGUACUUCAAUAAAUAUUAUUUAUUUAUUUAUUUAUAAAUCAAUAUAUU